AUGGUGAAAAAGCUUGGUCAGUUGCUCCCACAUACAUUGAGCGACGGAAACCGCCAAAGACGCUUGGACAUCUGCACUCAGCUGCUCUCCAGAAGCCGCAGAUUCAACUGGCUGGAUACCAUUGUCACUGGAGAUGAAAAAUGGGUCCUCUACGUCAACCACACCCACAAACGUGCGUGGUGCGCUGGCGAUGAAAUGUCGGAUCUUUUCGUGAAAGGUAAAAUCCAUGAGAAGAAGGUCAUGCUGAGCGUCUGGUGGGGAGUUCAUGGAAUCUACCGCUUCGAACUGCUGCCGGACAACACGACAGUUACUGCCAAGGUCUACUGCGCUCAACUGCGAAGACUGGCCGACAAGACCCGGAAGGAGCAUCCGAAGCUCGACAACGUUCGCCUGCUGCACGAUAACGCGCGUCCUCACAUCGCGAAGAAGACUUCCCAGAGAAUUCCUGAGCUCGGAUGGGAAGUUUUACUGCACCCACCGUACAGCCCGGACCUGGCCCCGAGCGACUACCAUCUCUUCCGAUCGCUUCAACAUCACCUGGAAGAGAAGCGCUACGAUGAUCGUGAUCGAUUUUGUGAGAUGCUGGCCGAAGGUUGUCAAUGUUGA